AUGGAAGCCAUUAAUGUGCUUCCUCUGCUUCUCAUCUCUCUGUUUUCAACGUUUCUUGUCGCACAAUCAACAGAUAUUAUCACAGCAAACCAGACUCUAAAAGAUGGAGACACCAUUGUUUCAAGGGGUGAAAACUUCGAGCUCGGUUUUUUCUCUCCCGGAGGAUCAAGAAACCGUUAUCUCGGUAUUUGGUACAAGAAAGUCUCUCUCCAGACCGUUGUCUGGGUCGCAAACAGAGACUCUCCUCUCCAUGAUCUCUCAGGGGCCCUAAAAUUAUCUGUAAAUGGGAGCUUAAGUCUCUUCAAUGGCAAAAACUCCCUCCUCUGGUCAUCAACAUCUUUAAAGAAAAUCCGCGUAAGAAACCCGAUUGUUCAGAUUCUUGAUUCAGGCAAUUUAGUUGUGAGAAACUCAGGGGAUGAUCAAGAUUACAUAUGGCAGAGUUUAGAUUACCCAGGAGAUAUGUUUCUUCCAGAAAUGAAAUACGGUAUCGAUUUUGUUACCGGUCUAAACCGGUUCUUGACAUCUUGGAGAUCUCCAGACGAUCCAUCAAUUGGCAACUACACGAAUAAAAUGGAUCCAAACGGUGUUCCGCAGUUUUUCUUGAAAAGAAACUCAGUUGAUGUCUUCAGGGCUGGUCCAUGGAAUGGUCUAAGAUUCACCGGUAUGCCUCACUUAAAGCCUAACCCUAUCUACCGAUACGAGUUUGUGUUCACGGAGAAAGAAGUUUACUACACUUACAAGCUCGCAAACCCUUCAGUGAUCACAAGAAUGCAGCUUAAUCCCAAUGGAGCUUUGCAACGUUACACUUGGGUCGAUAGCCUUCAAAGUUGGAACUUCUAUUUAUCGGCUCAAAUGGAUAGUUGUGAUCAGUACAAGUUGUGUGGCUCUUACGGAAGCUGCAAUAUCAAUGAAUCUCCGGCUUGUAGGUGUUUAAAAGGGUUUGUUGCUAAAUUUCCAGAGGCUUACUCUGCAGGAGAUUGGUCAGAAGGGUGUGUUAGGAGAGUGAAAUUGGAAUGUCAUAGAGGAGAAGAAGACUUUCUAAAGAUUUCUAAGUUGAAGUUACCAGAUACAAGAGCAUCGUGGUACGAUAAGAGCAUGGAUUUGAAUGAAUGCAAGAGGGUAUGCUUGAAUAACUGUUCUUGUUCGGCUUAUUCGCAUUUCGAUGUUAGAGAUGGAGGAAGUGGAUGCAUACUAUGGUUCGGUGAUUUGAUUGAUAUAAGAGAGUAUAAUGAAAAUGGACAAGAUCUGUAUGUGAGGCUUGCUUCUUCUGAAAUAGAAACUUUGCAGCGCGGUAUAGACCGAGUUUCGAGCAAGAAAGAGGAGGAAGAUCUUGAGUUUCCGUUUCUUGAUCUUGACUUGAUUGCAGAAGCUACAAAUGGAUUCUCUGAUGAGAAUAAACUUGGUCAAGGUGGUUUUGGACCGGUCUAUAAGGGAACAUUGGCUUGUGGACAAGAAAUCGCUGUGAAGAGGCUCUCAAGAACGUCGAAACAAGGGAUUGAAGAAUUCAAGAAUGAGAUCAAGCUGAUUGCAAAGCUUCAACACCGUAAUCUUGUAAAGAUUCUUGGAUCUUGCGUGGAGGAUGAUGAAAGAAUGCUUAUCUACGAGUAUCAACCGAACAAAAGCUUGGAUUCUUUCAUUUUUGAUAAAGAACGGCGCAGAGAACUCGAUUGGCCUAAACGGGCGGAAAUAAUCAAAGGAACUGCUCGUGGACUGAUGUAUCUCCAUGAAGAUUCGAGGCUUCGAAUCAUCCACCGCGAUCUUAAAGCCAGCAAUGUUUUGCUUGAUUCCGAAAUGAACCCCAAAAUCUCGGAUUUUGGAUUGGCUAGAACUUUGGGAGGAGAUGAAACUGAAGCAAACACAACAAAAGUUGUUGGAACAUAUGGAUAUAUGUCGCCGGAGUAUCAAAUCGACGGGUAUUUCUCAUUGAAAUCCGAUGUCUUUAGCUUCGGGGUUUUGGUAUUAGAGAUAGUGUCAGGAAGAAGAAACCGCGGAUUCUGCAAUCAAGAACACAAGCUUAACCUUCUUGGACACGCUUGGAGGCUAUACACAGAAGGCAAAGCAUGUGAGCUAAUCGAUGAAGCUUUCAAGGAGUCAUGUACCGAUGUUUCAGAGGUUUUAAGAGUGAUACAUAUCGGUUUGUUAUGCGUACAACAAGAUCCUAAAGACAGACCAAACAUGUCAGUGGUGGUUCUGAUGCUGAGUAGUGAAAUGUUGCUUCUUGAUCCGAAGGAGCCCGGGUUUUUCAACGAACGAAAUCUCUUGUUUUCCGACACCAUGUCGAUUAAUCUCGAGAUCCAUACCAACAAUUUACAAACCGUGAGUGUAAUAGAGCCCAGAUAA